AAUUUAGAUACGGAAUAACCGUCUACAGAGGGUCACGGGAAUCAAAGGAGGCAAGUUUGAAGUGAACCUGAUGUAACGAAUUAAGAUCUUCGCUCUAUUCCCUAUCAUUUUCGCUCUCCAGAUUCUCUGAAUCUGAAGUUUUUGUGGUCAGUGAUUUUUGUUUAUUGCUAUUACUAUUGAGAUCUUCACGCGCGCUGCUGUGCAUGCUCCCCCAGUAAACAAGGUACAUUCUGGCUAGACGCAAACUGCUACACCUAACUUUAGUCCCUCGCUUAUGUCUAAUGUAAAGUCGAAGGGUGUGUCUGAUAUAUUUUGCGAUGCACAUGCCUUGCAUGUAGUUGAUACAAGCAGAGCCAAAGAUGGAGUGUGGUUAGUCAAAGUCCCGAAAUAUUUAGCUGAACUUUGGCAUAAUGCUGGCCCUGAUGGUGUAGUUGGUAAAGUUGUGAUUGCAAGUUCAACGAGUGCAUCUCAGAACGGCAACAAAGGUCCAGGUUCGCAAGUAACGCUUGUUACAGACCCUGAACUAUUAAAUCAAGUUGGGGAGUCUGGAAAACUGAUACCAAAGGAACACCAAUUUCUGAUUCAAACUUCUACAUCAUCAAAUAAUACACCUGCAGCUGUUCGCCCAGGUCAAACGACACCAAGUUCGACAGCUCAAAGGCGUCCUGGGGCUAUAUCUGGACAAGAACUUAUAAUACUAUGCGAAGACGACCUUGCAUGUGCACAGGCUAACUCGUUUCCACCUUCGGCGAGUAACACAACUCUGAUUUCCUCUGCAUCUCCUCCGUCUCCAUUCUCGAAUAAACCGUAUUCUCGUUACUCUCGGCGGCUAUCUUUGUUUGGGCGUGUAAACAGUCGAGCCGAAUGCAGACCACCACCUAAUACAAGAUAUAUGAUGCUCAAAGCUCAACAGCUCAAAGCAAAGAAUCGACCACGACAUGAAGUCUGUCUCCUUUAUGAACCAGUAAGGAAUUAUAAACCAGUUUCCAAUCAUGUGAACAAUAUCGAGUACGAGAAUCGGAAAAAGGCGGAGGGUAAAAACCUUAGACGUGAAAAAGAAGACGUCUUGCAGGAUUUGUUCAAAGCUUUCGAAAGACACCAAUAUUACUCUAUUAAAGAUUUGGUUGUACUUACUAAGCAACCAUUGUUAGCUUUAAUCAUAUUUCUGAUAAUGUUCAGAUGUUUACACCAUCAAAUCUGCUAGCAUGUACUACGUCCGGUGAUUGAUUGCAUAUAUCUCACUAUCAUUUGCUUACAACUGCAGUUAGAAAUUUCCCAGUACUUAUAGGUUAAAACUAUUGGUUUUAUCCAUUAUUUUUGUAUGUUAGGAUAAUUGUAUCAACUUGUUGUGCUUGUGUCGCUGAUGUGUUUUGACCCUUUUGUUUACGUUGUGUUUGUAAGCCAUUACCUUGAUUUCAAUAUGUGCUAGCACCAGUUUGUAUAUCUUAAAAUUAUCCGAAAAUAAUGCUGCUAUCAUUGUAUCGGGAAUGACUUAUUUUUACCAAGAUUAGUGCUGUCAUGUCAGAUACUUCGUUUGAAGUCAGACGACUAGUUAAAUCUAUUAAUUGCACAGAUUAGUGGUUGCAAUAUGAGGGUAGCUGUUUAUAAG